AUGGUUUCGAUUUCCAAGUUCAACACAGCAGUCUUGUCCAUGCCCAAUGAACUGACAGUGGCGGCUGCGAACUUCAACCUAGACUUUUCCUUGAUGAAGGUAGAAGCGCCGAAGGAGUUCCACGGAGUCCGAGAUGCUCUAUCCACCCAUCGACGCGAUGCGGCAGAGGAAGGCCAACCUCACAUUACAGCAAGGAAGCUUAGGGCCUUGUUUGAGGCUAUUGUACCACCGAUUCCAAAUCUUAUUCAAGCUUAUGGGAAACGUGCUUCUGAAAUCUCAUCUCGUUCAGGGGCUGCGGCCCAGAAAAGCUCUCAUUUCGGUCUCUUCACGGCUCAGGUCGGUAUAGACGGCACGAGCAUUUGGGCAGCUGCAACCCCUGGGCGAGGCGCUCUCGCAGUUCAUUUACUUGCUUGUAUGUUGGCAAGAAUCUGGAAAAGCCACGAGGCUAUCUCUCUCUGGGUCGACCUUGUUGAGCAAUGGAAGCAAGAAAUUGACAACGUUUAUAAUAACGGAACUGCGACUGAAACGGCUGCAAUUAUGGCUUCGAGACAGACCUUUAGCAGGCAGCAAUUGGCUUGCUGGGACAGCAUCCCUGUCAAUCAACUUACAGACCCUUAUAAAAGCGUAGUCAAUGCUUGGACCUCGGCCAUGUGUGCCAUGGAACUUCUAGUUCAAGGUAUUCCUCAGCAGGUCCAGGAUGGUUCUGUGCUGUUGGCGAUAUCAUCAUGGCAUCUAUAUCCCAACAUGGAGGUCUUGGUCGACGGGGUUAAGUCUGUUGAUCUCAAUGACGAACUCAUGAAAGGAGGACUUAUCACUAUCUCGGCUCACUGAACAGCAAACAAUAGGGAGGGCGUUUUCUGGUCCUUACCCCUGUCUCGAAUGCGUUAUUACUCCUCUCCCGUCGUAGCACAGCGUCAGGUUUCAUGGGAAACUUCUCGGAUCACAAUGGCGGAGUUCUGGAUCAUCGUCUUGGGCAUAGUUAUUUCGCAAUGGCAGGAUGGCUGCGCCGUCAGUACCGAGAAAUGCUGUAGCUUUAUCAUCCUUCUUUCCGAAUGCGUCAACAAAAACGACUAUUCUGUCCCCUGGCUCAAUUAUCUGGCUGACGCGGCAACACGGUAUACUAAUGUCAAAACUGUCGAUCGUAGCCAAGCUGAGAAGCUGCUCAGACUAGGCAUGCGAAGAUGCAAGUUCUUUCUGAACGACUCGGGCCUUAGUCCCCCUCCAUUCUUCGGCCUUAGCUCUUUCUCAAUUC